AGAAGGGGAAAACGAAUAAUCGGAAAAGACAAAAAAGAUCAAAGAAAUAAACAGGCAAGAGAAAGAAGAAUAGAAUUGUGUUAAAGUGACAAAAAACAAGUUUUAAGAUAAGAAGAGAAGAAGAUACUACGGAUCUUCGUGUUCGUUCAAUAUCGAACGAAAAACUUGUCUUCUCUCUUCGACAUUUCUCCUCUGAUAUACACCUAUAUACAUAUCAGACACACUUUAACGUUAUGGACGUGACAGCAGUUGUCAAGCUAUAAGCUCGUAUCUCCUUCUCUCCUUCAUGGUAAAUGGAAAACAAUAAACAUUAAUGAUGGGCUCUUAUCUUUUUAACGGAUAUCAUCGUGCAUACCUGUGUGCUGCUGCUGACUCUUAAAGUGAUUACAACAACGUCCUCCGAUACAAAUAAUCAGAAUGGAUUCAGAAGAAGAAACAAUGAACGAUUCCGGAAACGAGUCUAGUGGAGACGAUGUUGACUAUGCUAUGGAUAUUGAAUCUGGGAAUCUACGUGACCGGAAUAUGGAAGUUGACGAAUAUCCAUUUGAAGUUUUAUCAACAGAAGAAAUUGUACAACACAUGGUUGAUUCUAUAAAGGAGGUCAACAGUGUCGUUGAAAUACCGGCCACAACAACACGCAUUUUGUUAAAUCAUUUUAAAUGGGACAAAGAAAAAUUAAUGGAACGCUUUUAUGAUACGGACCAAGAAAAAUUAUUUAGAGAAGCACGUGUCAUUAAUCCAUUCAGGAAAGGUUCUGUGAUAAAUAAGAGUUGGUCUUCUCAAAGUUCCUUGUCUAGUAGGAGAACAUCCGUAAAUGGAGCAGAAGAAUGUGGAAUUUGUUUAAUGACUCUACCAUCCUCUAUGAUGACUGGUCUGGAAUGUGGACAUCGUUUUUGCACCGGAUGCUGGGGUGAAUAUCUCACAACCAAAAUAAUGGAAGAAGGUGUUGGACAAACAAUUGCAUGUGCCGCUCAUGCCUGUGACAUUUUAGUUGACGAUGCUAGUGUUAUGCGGCUAGUUAAAGACUCAAAAGUUAAACUGAAAUAUCAGCACUUGAUAACAAACAGUUUUGUGCAAUGUAAUAGGCUGUUAAAGUGGUGUCCAUCGCCAGAUUGUAGUAAUGCCGUCAAAGUACAAUAUGUAGAUUCAAGACCUGUUACAUGUAAAUGUGGUCACACAUUUUGUUUUUAUUGUUGUGGAGAUUGGCAUGACCCAGUUAAAUGUCAUUUGUUACGUAAGUGGAUCAAAAAAUGUGAUGACGAUUCGGAAACCUCUAAUUGGAUCGCAGCAAAUACUAAAGAAUGUCCGAAGUGUAACGUUACAAUAGAAAAAGAUGGUGGUUGUAAUCACAUGGUAUGCAAAAAUCAAAACUGUAAAGCUGACUUUUGUUGGGUAUGUCUUGGUCCUUGGGAACCACAUGGAUCUAGUUGGUACAAUUGUAAUCGAUAUGAUGAAGAAGAAGCCAAAGCAGCGCGAGUUGCUCAAGAUCAAUCAAGGUCUGCUUUGCAGCGUUAUUUGUUUUAUUGCAAUAGGUAUAUGAAUCACAUGCAAUCCUUGAGGUUUGAAAACAAGUUAUAUGCUAGCGUAAAAGAAAAAAUGGAGGAAAUGCAACAACACAAUAUGUCUUGGAUCGAGGUACAAUUUUUAAAGAAAGCAGUCGAUAUUUUAUGUUCCUGUAGACAAACUCUCAUGUAUACUUAUGUAUUUGCCUACUAUUUGAAGAAAACCAAUCAGUCUGUGAUUUUUGAAACCAACCAAAAGGAUCUAGAGAGCGCCACUGAGUGCCUCUCUGAAUAUCUCGAAAGAGAUAUUACGAGUGAGAACCUUUCCGGUAUUAAACAAAAGGUUCAGGAUAAAUAUAGAUAUUGCGAAAGUCGACGAAAAGUACUUCUAGAACAUGUUCACGAGGGUUAUGAAAAUGAUUGGUGGGAUUAUGUGGAAUAAGGAGAGACCAAUGAAACAUGUCCAGCUGUUCUCUAUUUUUCUUGUCUUUUUUUUUUUUUUUUUCAUUUUGGUCGUGAGAUGUAAAGUUAAAGAAUGAAGAACAAAUGAAAAAGAAGAGUAGUAAAAGAUCCUCUUCCUUCUCAUCUCUGCCCCCAGCUGUGAUAAAUCAAGAAAGCUGAGAAAGAGAAAAAAAAAUACAGAAAGAAAGACAGAACGGAAUAUGUAAUAAAGCAUUGUUUGCGAAAAGUGAUAUGUACGUUUGUUACAUACAUUUAAAAAAAACACAAUUGUCAUCUGCGUGACAACCUCUAAUAUCGUUAUUAUUAUAUUAUGAAUUUUGAACUUACUCAAAAUGUGAAUUUUACUAUCAACGACAACUAACACACUAUUACAACUAUAACUAUAUAAAAAAACAAAAAGAACAAAAAAAUCAAUAGAUUGAAUGUAACAUAACUUUGUCGUGAUUGAUUCGUGCUUGCUGUGUAUACUGCACAUUAUUAUUAUACUGUUAGUUAAUGCGAUAAAUAUGCCCUUCGUUAUGGCAUUGUAUUCUGAUAUUAUUCAAGGCGGAUUUUUGAUUACAUAUUAUGCACUCGGUUUAAAACAAAAGAUAAACAAACAAAUUGUGUUUUUCUUUCAAACGAACGAAAGGAUUGAUUGGUAAAAAUA